AUGAUCAUCGCAAAAAGCUUCAUCCUUUUGCUCUGUUUCGUCGCCUCUGUGUACGGACAAUCAUCUAGUCCUGAUGCGGCGGCCAUGACAGCUCUGAGAAGAUCCCUCAAGUUACCUGGAAGUCUCAACUGGUCCGAUCCGGAUCCUUGUAAGUGGUCGUCGUCCAUACAAUGCGACGGAAACAACCGGAUCACCAAGAUUCAAAUCGGGAAUAAAGGAAUCUCAGGAACGUUACCUCCUGAUCUCAAAAACCUCUCGUCUUUGAUGAUUUUCGAGGUCAUGCACAACAAAAUCACAGGGAAGAUUCCUAGUUUUGCCGGGUUGAAAUCUUUGAAUAGGGUUUAUUUUAACGAUAAUAGUUUCGAUUCCAUCGACUCUGAUUUCUUCGCUAAUUUGACGUCUCUUCAGCAAGUGUCUUUGGAUAAUAACCCCUUUGGUCCCUGGGAAAUCCCUCUGAGUUUAAAGGAUGCGACUACUCUAUCAGAAUUCUCCGCUGCCAACUGCAGUCUCAACGGGAAGAUCCCGGAUUUGGAGUGGGCAAAAACGUUCCCUAGUCUGAACACUCUGUCACUCAACGGGCAGAAGCUAAGUGGGUCGAUUUCAGUUCUGCGAAACAUGACGGCUUUAACCGAGGUACGGUUGAAUAGAAACGAGUUCUCUGGUCCCAUCCCGAACUUUUCUGGUCAUGUCUCUCUUAAAAUUGUCAACAUUAGGGACAAUCAGCUUACUGGUAUUGUACCGUCCUCUCUUACGGAGUUGACAUCUCUUUCUGAGGUGGGAUUAGGCAAUAACUUGCUUCAAGGACCUACACCAAGCUUCAAGGCUAAUAACCUUACGCUUGAUUUGACUGGGCUCAAUAGUUUCUGUUUAGAUACUCCAGGUACUCCUUGUGAUCCCCGUGUUAACACGUUGCUUUCGAUCGUUAAAGCAUUUGAUUACCCUGAGAAGUUUGCCAGAAGCUGGAAAGGUAAUGAUCCUUGUAGUAAAAGUCCCAGCUGGUUAGGGAUAACAUGUAUGGGAGGUAACAUCACUGUUAUCGACUUCGAAAACAUGGGACUCAACGGCACUAUCUCUCCAAGUUUUCGUAAUCUUAUGUCUCUUCAGGUUAUCAAUCUCUCUCGGAAUAAUCUCAACGGUACUAUUCCACAAGAGCUCACUGAGUUGACCAACUUGAAAACUCUAGAUGUUUCGAAUAAUUACUUGUGUGGUAGUAAAGUACCGGGUUUUAACACGACUGUUAUUGUAAACACGAGUGGGAAUCCUAACAUAGGAAAGGGUUGUUCUUCCGGCGGGGAUGGCGGCAAGAAAGCAAAUGCUUGGAAAAUGAUUGGUUUUGUUAUUGGUAGUUUGUUGGGUUUGCUUCUUAUCGGAUUUGCUAUUUUCUUUUUGGUCAAGAAAAAGAAGCAAUAUCGUAGGAUGCAUCCUAAACAACAACGUGGUGAUGACCAAGGUGCACUCAAGAUUACAAUUGGGAACCUGUGUGCUGGUGGUGGUGGAAGUGAAAGUGGAUUCAGUGGUAGUGACGCUCAUCAUGUUGGGGAAAGUGGGAAUAUUGUCAUCUCAAUACAAGUUUUGAGGGAUGCUACAGAUAAUUUCGACGAGAAGAAUAUACUUGGGAGAGGCGGAUUUGGAAUUGUUUACAAGGGAGAGUUGCAUGAUGGAACAAAGAUUGCGGUUAAGAGAAUGGAGCCUUCGAUUAUAAGUGGGAAAGGUUUAGAUGAAUUUAAAUCAGAGAUUGUUGUUCUAACUAGAGUUCGACACCGCAAUCUAGUGAUUCUUCAUGGAUACUGCUUAGAAGGAAAUGAGAGGCUUCUGGUCUAUCAGUACAUGCCGCAAGGGACAUUAAGCAGGCAUAUUUUUCACUGGCAGGUAGAAGGGUUGAAGCCACUCGAGUGGACUAGACGGUUGAUUAUUGCAUUGGACGUGGCUAGAGGAGUAGAGUAUUUGCAUACUUUAGCGCAUCAGAGUUUCAUACAUAGAGAUCUCAAACCUUCUAAUAUUCUUCUUGGAGACGAUAUGCAUGCCAAAGUUGCUGACUUUGGUUUAGUCCGGCUUGCACCAGAAGGCGCACAAUCUAUUGAGACCAAAAUUGCUGGAACUUUUGGUUAUCUUGCACCAGAAUAUGCAGUGACCGGAAGAGUUACAACAAAGGUUGAUGUCUACAGCUUUGGAGUCAUCCUCAUGGAGCUACUAACGGGUCGGAAAGCUCUUGAUGAUAAGCGAUCUGAGGAAGAAGUGCAUCUUGCCACAUGGUUUAGGAGAAUGUACAUCAAUAAAGACUCAUUCCCAAAGGCUAUCGACGAAACAAUUGAGUUCAACGAAGAGACACUUCGAAGCAUCAACACAGUAGCUGAGCUUGCCAACCAAUGUAGCGCCAGGGAACCGCAACAGAGACCGGACAUGAGUCAUGUGGUCAACGUGUUGGUCUCACUUGUUCUUCAAUGGAAACCAGCAGAACAAAGCGGAGACUCGGAAGAUAUCUAUGGAAUCGAUUACGACACUCCUCUUCCUCUACAUUCCUUUGAUUCGACCUUUUUUGGAGUUAAUACUCUGACGAGCAUACCGUCGCGACCGUCCGAGCUUGACAACACAUUCAAAUCAGGACAAGGGAGGUAA